UAAGGCCGGUUCUAUUCCGUACGGUUAACGCGCGGAGAAGCUGAAAUCUCGCGGGCAGAGGCGGGGCAGACGUGCUAAGCAACAAAGAUUCUAUUAACGGAAACCUUCGGAUGGAUUAAAUCCUAAAAUUUCCUUUAUUAUUAUACUCCUUAAGGCUUAAGGCAUUUCUUCAAUUUUUAGGGUUUUCUAAAUCAAAUACCCUCGUUGAUCUCUCUCGUCGAUUCUAGGGUUUCUCUUAUUCACCGCCAUUUUCGAUUGAAUUCGUCCCGGGCCUAUCUAAUUCUGAUAUAGACGACUUUCCUCAUUCUAUAAUUGAAUCCUCGUAUCUCUUACGCGGAGGUUCGUCUUUAGAUGAUGAACCUAAAUCUUGAUUCUGAGUUUGAUUGUUUUUCAUAUAUCACUGUUGGUGCUUUUCUGCAUUUCUCAUAUAUAUUACUUUUUCUUUUGUGAACAUUAGUAAUUUCCAUGCUUUGUUGAUAUAUCGCCUUCAUUUAUCUUGAAAGCCCAUUGUAGCUCUUUGCCUUUCUCCUGUGCUAUUAAAAAUAUUCUGUUCAACCAUGGAUCAUCCCUUUGCUUUCCCUGGCCCAUUCGACUUUUCGAUCACCACGGAACAGAGAAUCUCAGAAGAAAUCGGGAAUUGUCCUCAAAUUCCACCUUUUUUCCCGAAUCUAACAUACCACGGCUCCAGUACACCUCAAUCAGUAUAUUUCAAGACCCGUAUGUGUGUGAAAUUCAUGUCUGGUUCCUGUUCCAAAGGUGGCAGCUGCAACUUCGCUCACAGCAUUGAAGAACUCCGCAGGCCUGCUGGAAAUGUGGAUGUGAGAGCCUUGUUUCCUCAGGUAGACGGCAGUAGAAGGAAUGAACAAAAUCCCAUAAUUUCUGGUGAACUUUUUGAUGCAAGGGAGAAGCAAAAGCUGCAUAGGAACAAAGUUUGCUGGAAGUUUUAUCAUGGUGAGCUCUGUCCUUAUGGUGACAAGUGCAGUUUUAGUCAUGUACAGCCAGGUUCGCUUCAGGAUAGCUCCUUACCCAGUCAGAAACCUAUGUGUUGGAAGACAAAGAUUUGUCAUAAGUGGUCGACUUCUGGUAGUUGCUCAUAUGGUGAUCAAUGCAGUUAUGCUCAUGGACAUUCAGAAUUAAGGAAGCUCGGAGGGGAUAAUGAUGAAUUGGUUGAGAAGAAUGUUGUUGCAGCUCGUCCCAAAUGUGCUAUUAACAUAACUGAUGAAAUUUUAUCUAAGACAACGGCAGAGCCUAGAGAGUCCAGAGAAGCUGCUGUAUCUCAGCCAAAAAUUAGAACUCUUACUUUGAAAAAAAUUAGUCGCAUCUAUGGGGAUUGGAUUGAUGAUUUUGCCUGAUUUAUGGCAUAAAUUCCUCUGUGAGUAACUCAUUUUUUGUCUGAUCAAACAAUGUUAGAAUUCAGCAACUCUUCGUGAUGUAAAUGACAUGCAUUCUAUAUCCUUUUUUAUAACAACUUUCAGGGUUGCUUUUCAAA